AUGCCUCUUUACAACAUCACUCUGAAGACCGAAGCUCCCGUUGAGGAGCUGGAGAAGGCUAAGGCAGCAGCCAAGGAGAAUGGCGGCGUCAUCAGACAUGAAUACAGCAUCAUUAAAGGCUUCACUGUCGAGUUCCCCGAUGACACUGUCCAAACCUUCCAAUCCACUAAACAUGUACACGUUGAGCAGGACGGCGCUGCAACUACUUAG